AUGAAAGAACUCGUCUAUCAUGACAUUAAAGUGAGAUUUCCAUACGAGCCUUAUCCAGCGCAAAAUGAUUACAUGAGCAAAUGCAUCGAGGCCUUGAAAUCGGGAUGCCACGCAAUCUUAGAGUCUCCUACUGGUACAGGAAAAACACUCUGUCUCCUCGCAUCUGUUUUGGCUUAUCGUGAGCAUUUCUUCGACGAGAUGAAAAGAGCCGUCCAAAGUGGAAUGCCAGGCGCGCACAUGGGCCACGUCCCAAAAUCAUCUACUCCUCUCGUACUCACUCUCAGCUAA